AUGGUGCACCACCGAAUCGUCGCGCUGGAAGCGAUCCACUCGGCGCCGCCGACCUUCAGCUUCCCGGAGCCGCACACGUUCGAGAUCACAAUUCACCAGCGCACCGAGCCGCACCAGCUGCACGAGCGCAUCCGCGAUGCCACCAUCAUCAUCAACGUGGUGCACCCGAUCAAGGGCGAGGCGCUGUCGCCGGCCGUGACACCACACCUCAAGCUUAUCGCCGUCAAUGCCGCCGGCACCGAUAGCAUCGACCUGGAGGCCUGCCGCGCCCGCGGGAUCCGCGUCGUCAACUGCGCCAACGCAAACGUCCAGUGCGUCGCCGAGCAUGCCCUCGGCCUGUACUUCGCCGCCCGCCGCAGCACCGUCGUCAUGCACGAGCGCACCGUCGGCACCAUCGGCGACGGCACCGAGUGGGUCGAGAAGAACACGUUGAACCCGUACAUGCGCGUCAAAGGCCGCGCGCCGCUGAACUGCGACGAGGAAGUCGUGGCGAUCAUCGGAAACGGGGCAAUAGGCAAGCGGUUUGCAAACCUCGCGCGGCUGAUGAGCAUGCGCGUGCUGGUGGCGGCACGCAAGGGCGACAGCAAGCCGCAGCCCGAUCGUGUCUCUUUUGAAGAGGCGCUUGAGAAGGCGACGGUGGUCAUUCUGACGUGCCCACGCAGCCCAGAGACGAUGAACCUCAUCUCGACCCCCGAGUUCGACAGAAUGCGACCAGAGGCAGUGCUGAUCAACGUGUCUCGCGGCGGCAUUGUCAACGAGCCCGCGCUAGUGCAGGCGCUGCGCGACGGGAAGAUUGCUGGGGCGGCGACGGAUGUGUUCGAGAAGGAGCCGGCGUUGGGUGGCGAGAAGGCGGAAAGCGUGCUACUAGGACCGGAGACGCGGGGGCUAAACUUGACCGUCAGCCCCCACGUCGCGUGGUUUGGCGAGAAGACGAUGGAGAACUACCAGCGCAUCCUGAAAGAAAACGUCGAGGGCUGGGUGGUGGGCAAGGAGCAGAACGUUGUUGCCUGA